AGAAUCCCUCCUCCUCCUCCUCCUCCUCAGCAGCUCGCAACCUUGCCGCCGACGAGUGUGCUUUUUCUUGUCGGAGGAUGGUCCGGGUUUGUGAAACCUAACUGAACGACUUUACACUAUUAUACAGAGCCACCCUCACCAUCAAGUGCUUGUCGCCGGUGCCACGACGCGCCGCCGGCUGAAUCUGAGCUCCACCGAGCCUCAGACGACGAUUCACCUGCACUCACCUCACGAUCGUUUUUAGUCCUCCCUUCUUCUCCGUAUCUUGCAUUUCCCAUCAGAGACCAUCAAAAUGGCCGACCAAAAUAUCUCCCAGUACAAAUACUCGGCGAUGUCCAACCUGGUUCUCCAGGCGGACCGUCGUUUCAUCUCUCGUGUCAACGAUGAACCCACCGGUGACCCGGAGUCUCUCGCCGGCCGCAUCAGCAUCCGGGAAAUGGGAUCGAGGAUGGCGCGGGACGAUGCGCCGAAGACGAAGAAGAAGGCCGGUUUGACGGACAUCGAGCGAGGGUCCAUCCGCGAAGGCGAGGAUGUCCUCGCCCGCGAACAGAGAAAGACCCAGCGGGGUCAACCGGCGCAAGUACGCGGCCACGGUAUUCUGUCCGCUGCCGAUGCCCUCGUCGAGGGCCUGAAGUACCGUCCUCGCACCCCGGCCACUCGAGCCACCUAUGACCUCAUCCUCACAAUGACCGCCAGCCAUCUGGGCGAUGUACCACAUGAAGUGGUCCGCAGUGCGGCGGACGCGGUGCUGGAAUUGCUGAAAGACGAGGAUAUGAAGGAUUUCGACAAGAAGAAGGAGAUUGAUGACUUGCUGGGCAGUUCGAUGAACCCCAAGGAAUUUAAUGAGCUUGUCAACCUGGGCAAGAAGAUCACGGAUUACGAUGCCCAGGAUGAUGACGAAGAGAUGGGCGACGGUCUGGCUGGCGAAGGAGAGGCGGAAUUGGAUGAGCGUCAGGGUGUUGCUGUCGUUUUCGACGAGGAGGAUGAGGACGAUGAGCGCAUGGGCACCCUGGACGAAGUGCGCGACGACGACGAACUUUCCGAAGACGAAACCGACCAACAGGAUGUCCCUGGUAUUGAUGACGCAACGACCGAGAAGGCAGACCUCGAAGGACUAGAGGGCGCCGAAGAGAUGGUCAUCGACGGCGGGUUAGACCGUGGGAGCGAACGCGGCAAUAAGAAAACCACAGUUUUUGCACGAGAAAUCGAUGCUUACUGGCUUCAACGCCAAAUCGGCAACGCAUAUCCGGAUGCUCACGUACAACAUGAGAAGGCGACCCAAGCGCUCGAGAUUCUUGGAGGUCAAGGCGAGGAUGGCGAGGUGCGACCUCUUCGCGACGUGGAAAAUGACUUGAUGGAUCUAUUCGAUUAUGAGCAGCCUGAGCUUGUCGCCACUUUGGUCACCAACCGCGAUAAGAUUGUAUGGGUCACCCGUUGGCGCCGAGUCGCUGAAGACGCCGAUGCCCGCCAUCUGGUCGAGAGUGAAAUGGUUGAAGCUGGACACCGCGCUAUUUUGGACGAGAUCCGGGGCAAGACCAGCCGCGACGAAGGCGCCGGUCGUCCCUCGAAAAAGAUCAAGCUAGACUUGAUGGAUGUGGAUGUUCCAAACGCUCCUCAGCAGCCGGAAGAGAAGAAGGAGGAUGGAGGAUUGGUCCGAGGCCUGCAGCCGAAGAGAUUGAUCAAUUUGGAGAACCUUGUGUUCCAUCAAGGUAAUCACUUGAUGACCAACCCUAGCGUCAAGCUGCCCCAGGGCUCGACGAAGCGAACAUUUAAGGGAUAUGAAGAAAUUCACGUGCCCCCUCCUCAAGCUAAGAAAGAGCCUGGCGAGAAGAAUCUUCCUACGACCGAGCUGCCCGAGUGGGCUCGCGUUGGCUUUGGGAGUUCGAAGGAACUCAACCGGAUCCAAUCUAAGUGCUUCCCGACCGCUUUUCACGACGAUGGCAACGUGCUUGUCUGUGCCCCCACCGGUUCAGGAAAGACCAAUGUUGCCAUGCUUACCAUCCUCCGCGAGAUUGGCAAGAAUCGGAACCCGCAGACGGGCGAGAUCAUGCUAGACGACUUCAAAAUCAUCUACAUCUCCCCUUUGAAGGCACUUGUACAGGAACAGGUCGGGAACCUCGGCAAACGUCUUGAGCCUUAUGGCAUCAAGGUGGCGGAAUUGAGCGGUGAUCGUCAACUUACGAAGCAGCAGAUUGCUGAGACUCAGAUUAUCGUCACCACUCCUGAGAAGUACGAUGUCAUCACUCGAAAGGCUUCGGAGACGAGUUACACCAGACUGGUCCGUCUGAUCGUCAUUGAUGAAAUUCACCUUCUUCACGACGAGCGUGGUCCUGUCAUCGAGAGUAUUGUUAGCAGAACCAUCCGCAAGGUAGAACAGACUGGCGACCCAGUCCGAAUUGUUGGUCUCAGUGCUACGCUCCCCAACUACCGGGAUGUUGCCAGCUUCCUGCGCGUUGAUCCUGCGAAGGGCCUCUUCCACUUCGAUGGCUCCUACAGACCUUGUCCUCUCAAACAGGAGUUCAUUGGCGUUACGGAAAAGAAGGCCAUCAAGCAGCUGAAGACCAUGAACGAUAUCUGCUACACCAAAGUCCUUGAGCAAGUCGGACAAAAACGGAACCAGAUGCUCAUUUUCGUCCACUCGCGAAAGGAGACCGCCAAGACGGCCAAGUACAUCAGAGACAAGGCUCUUGAGAUGGAGACCAUCGGCCAGAUUCUGCGCAGUGAUGCUGCAAGCAGAGCUAUCUUGGCUGAAGAAGCUGAGUCGGUUGAUGACGCCUCGCUCAAGGAUUUGUUGCCUUAUGGGUUUGGUAUUCACCAUGCUGGUCUCAGUCUUGCUGAUCGAGACUCCGUCCAGGCGCUUUUUGCUGACGGCAGCAUCCAAGUCCUCGUAUGUACAGCAACUCUUGCCUGGGGUGUCAACUUGCCUGCCCACACAGUUAUCAUCAAGGGCACUCAGAUCUACUCGCCUGAGAAGGGUAGCUGGGUCGAACUCAGCCCUCAAGAUGUCCUGCAGAUGUUGGGACGUGCUGGACGACCUCAAUACGACACCUUCGGUGAAGGUAUCAUUAUCACAACGCAAACCGAAAUCCAGUAUUACCUUUCCCUCUUGAAUCAGCAAUUGCCAAUCGAGAGUCAGCUCGUCAGUAAGCUUGCUGACAAUAUGAAUGCCGAGAUUGUUCUCGGAAACAUUCGUACUCGUGACGAGGGAGUUGACUGGCUGGGUUAUACCUACUUGUUCGUCCGCAUGCUCCGCUCACCUGGCCUCUACAGUGUGGGUGCAGACUAUGAAAAUGAUGACGCCCUUGAGCAAAAGCGCGUUGAUCUUGUCCACUCUGCGGCCGUGAUUCUGGAAAGAGCAGGCCUCGUAAAGUAUGACAAGAAAACAGGUCGUAUGCAAUCCACGGAGCUUGGCCGUAUCGCUUCCCACUACUACAUCGGCCACAACUCCAUGUUGACCUACUCUCAGCACCUCCAGCCUAACAUCACCACGAUCGAGCUGUUCCGAAUCUUCGCUCUUAGCGAUGAAUUCAAGUACAUUCCGGUCCGUCAGGAUGAGAAGCUGGAGCUUGCGAAACUACUUGGUCGUGUGCCUGUCCCUGUCAAGGAAGGAAUCGACGAGCCUCAUUCCAAGAUCAAUGUCUUGCUCCAAGCUUACAUCUCUCGCCUCAAGCUGGAAGGACUUGCCCUGAUGGCAGAUAUGGUUUAUGUUACCCAAUCAGCUGGUCGUAUUCUGCGCGCUAUUUACGAGAUCUCAUUGAAGAAGGGAUGGUCAUCUGUGGCUAAGACUGCUCUCAACCUGUGCAAGAUGGCCGAGCGGCGCAUGUGGCCCACGAUGACACCCCUUCGUCAGUUCCCGUCCUGCCCAAGAGACAUUCUGCAGAAGGCGGAGAGAAUCGACGUCCCUUGGGGUAGCUACUUCGAUCUUGAUCCUCCUCGCAUGGGUGAGCUCCUAGGUAUGCCCAAGGCUGGACGUGUUGUCUGCGAUCUUGUCUCCAAGUUCCCUCGUCUGGAGGUUCAGGCCCAGGUUCAACCCGUCACUCGCUCCAUGCUACGGGUCGAGCUGACGAUCACUCCUAACUUCGUUUGGGACGAGACACUGCAUGGCUCUGCUCAAGACUUUUGGAUUCUGGUGGAGGAUUGCGAUGGCGAGGAGAUCUUAUUCCAUGACCAGUUCCUUCUGCGGAAAGACCACGCACAAUCGGAGAUGAACGAGCAUCUCGUCGAGUUCACUGUCCCCAUCUCCGAGCCUAUGCCUCCGAACUACUUCAUUUCGCUGGUAUCCGAUCGCUGGAUGCACUCGGAAACCAAGAUUGCCGUUUCCUUCCAAAAACUGAUCCUUCCUGAACGGUUCCCGCCCCACACUCCUCUCCUGGAUAUGCAAAGGGCACCAGUGAAGGCAUUGAAGCGCGAAGAUUUCCAGCAACUGUACUCCGACUGGCAGUUCUUCAACAAAAUCCAGACGCAAACUUUCAAGUCUCUCUUCGACACAGAUGACAACGUGUUUGUUGGUGCUCCUACUGGUAGCGGAAAGACUGUGUGUGCCGAGCUUGCCUUGUUGCGUCACUUGUCCCAGCAGGAUAGCGGCCGUGCUGUGUACCUUGCUCCAUUCCAAGAGCUCGUUGACCAGCGUCUGGCGGACUGGCAGAAGCGACUGAGCCAGCUUUCCGGUGGCAAGAAUAUCGUCAAGCUUACUGGCGAAACCACCGCCGACCUCAGACUUCUGGAACGAGCCGAUCUCGUUCUUGCCACACCAAGUCAAUGGGAUGUCUUGUCUCGGCAAUGGCGGAAGCGCAAGAACGUCCGGACGGUGCAACUCUUCAUCGCCGAUGAGCUGCACAUGCUCGGAGGCUAUGGCGGAUACGUGUAUGAAGUGGUUGUUUCGCGCAUGCACUCCAUGGCUCUGGAGAUCGAGAAUGGCAUGCGCAUCAUCGGCUUGAGUGUGCCUCUUGCGAACGCUCGCGACAUCGGCGAGUGGAUUGGCGCCAAUAAACACACGAUCUACAACUUCAGCCCUCACGCCAGACCAGUGCCAUUGGAGCUCCACAUUCAAUCGUUCACCAUUCCGCACUUCCCUUCGCUCAUGCUUGCCAUGGCCCGACCAGCAUACCACUCCAUCCUGCAGUUGUCUGCUGAUAAGCCGGCCAUCGUCUUCGUGCCUAGCCGCAAGCAAACCCGUGCUACUGCCAUGGACCUGUUGGCUGCUUGUGCCACGGAUGACGAUGAGGACCGGUUCCUCAACGCAGAUGUGAACGAGCUUGCUCCUCUUCUUGGUCGAAUUCAAGAACAGACGUUGGCUGAGUCUCUUUCCCACGGCAUCGGUUAUUACCAUGAGGCUUUGAGUGCUACUGAUAAGCGCAUCGUGUCUCACCUCUUCUCCAUUGGCGCUAUUCAGGUUCUCCUUGCUUCCCGUGAUGUUUGCUGGGAGCUCGACCUGACGGCACAUCUGGUGAUUGUCAUGGGCACUCAAUUCUUCGAGGGCCGUGAGCACCGCUACAUUGACUACCCAAUCAGUGAGAUCCUUCAGAUGUUCGGCAAGGCUUCUCGUCCCGGCGAUGACAAGCUUGGCCGUGGCGUGCUCAUGGUGCCUGCCGUCAAGCGCGAUUAUUACAAGAAGUUCUUGAACGAGGCUUUGCCUGUCGAGAGUCACUUGCAGGCUUACUUGCAUGAUGCGUUUGUCACCGAGAUUAGCACGAGAACGAUUACUUCGACCCAAGACGCCAUUGAUUGGAUGACGCACACCUACUUCUACCGCCGCUUGCUGGCUAACCCGAGCUUCUACGGUCUGGCCGAUGUCAGCCACGAGGGUCUUAGUACGUUCCUCUCUGAGCUGCUCGAAAACACCCUGAAGGAAUUGUCGGACGCCAGGAUUGUGGAUCUGGAUGAGGAAGAGGACAGCGUCGCUCCUCUGAACGCCGCCAUGAUUGCCUCCUACUACAACAUUUCCUUUAUCACUAUGCAGACCUUCCUCCUCUCUUUAUCGGCGCGUACCAAGCUCAAGGGCAUUCUGGAGAUCAUCACUUCCGCCACGGAGUUUGAAAACAUCCAGAUGCGUCGUCACGAGGACCACAUUCUUCGCCGCGUGUAUGAUCGUGUACCGGUCAAGAUGGCCGAGACCUCGUACGACUCGCCCCACUUCAAGGCAUUUGUGCUGCUGCAAGCUCAUUUCUCGCGCAUGCAACUGCCCAUUGAUCUUGCCAAGGACCAGGAAGUUAUUGUCGGCAAGGUGCUCAACCUCCUGAGUGCGUGUGUGGAUGUCCUCUCCUCGGAGGGACAUUUGAACGCGAUGAAUGCGAUGGAGAUGUCACAGAUGGUUGUCCAGGCCAUGUGGGACCGGGAUAGUCCAUUGAAGCAGAUUCCUCACUUCGGCCCCGAGGCUAUCAAGGUGGCAAAUGAGUAUAACAUCAACGACAUCUUCGAGUUCAUGGAAGCCAUGGAUCCUUCCGAGAACAAGGACUACGCGACAUUGAUCAAGCGUCUUGGUCUGGACAACAAGCAGCUGGCCCAGGCUGCUGCCUUCACGAACGAGAAAUAUCCCAACUUGGAGCUUGACUUUGAGGUUGAGGAUCCCGAGAACAUCACUUCGGGCGAGCCGGCCUAUCUCAAGAUCAAGAUCGAGCGAGAGGUGGAGGAGGACGAGGAGCCGGAUACGACCGUGCACGCACCAUUCUACCCUAGCAAGAAGAUGGAGAAUUGGUGGUUGGUCGUCGGCGAUGAGAAGACCAAGAACUUGCUCGCUAUCAAGCGGGUCACUAUCGGCCGGAAGCUGGAUCUGCGUCUGGAGUACAUUGUUCCCACGCCGGGAGAGCAUGAGCUGACGUUGUACCUGAUGAGUGACAGCUAUUACACAGUCAGUAGUAGUACGGUAGUAUCCCAAUCGGGCCUCCCGGAGAAGAACCAGAGCAAGUCAAUUCUCCUGGGAGCUCCUCGGCGCUCUGGCCCUGUGCCGAAUGCCUCAGGCACCCUUGCGGUGUACACCCAGACCACCUAUUCGUUCGAAUCCCACUCCAAAACCAACGAGAUCCGAGUCUUGGACAUUGAGAGCGGCAGGUCGGCUCUAAUCACAAACGAUGCCGGCGCCAGCUGUCCCCAGUGGCUAGGCGACAGCAAUCAGCUCGUCUGGUUGAAGGCCAAGGCGAACGGCAACACGAGCUUCAUCAUCGGCGAUGCCCGCGAGGCAGACAAAACCUACACCGCGGGCACGGUUCCUGGCCCAGUCUCGGACCUCAAGGUCACCGUUGUCGAGCCGGGGAGGAUUGGCUUUGCGGUCACCGGCAAGGCCAACACGGACGGCACCUUGUACAACCCGCACGACGCGAAGAAGCCGACCAGCACCGGGCGCCUUUAUACUUCGCUGUUCGUGAGACACUGGGACUCGUAUGUCGAGCCCCAGAAGAAUGCCAUCUGGUAUGGUCUGCUCCAGCAGGCACCCCUGUCUCCGCCCACCCGACAAGCCGGGAAGUACGCUGUCUCAGGGCUCACCAACUUGAUUCAAGUGUGUGGCUUGACGGGUGUGGAAUCGCCGAUUCCGCCGUUUGGGGGCACGGGUGACUUUGACAUCAGUCCGGAGGCCAUUGUGUUCGUAGCCAAGGAUCCGAGCUUAAACCCCGCCACGCACACGUCCUGCUCAUGCUACUACUGUCCGAUGUUCUCCUGGACAAGUGUGACUGCCAUGGAGACUAGAGUGUGCGCUGUGAAAGGCCUCGAAGGAGCCAUGUCUUCCCCAGUUCUGACGUCGGAUGGUAGCUCCAUCGCGCUCCUGGCGAUGCGUGAGGACGGCUAUGAGUCAGAUAAGAGACGGAUCCUCUACGUGCCUAAUCCGUGGAGUGGUGAGAUGAUUGAGAUCUUUGCAUCGCCGGAUGGAGAAGGCGCCUGGCCUCUGAGUCCAUCAGGGUUGACCUUUGCACAUGAUGACAAGUCAUUGAUCAUCCAGGUCGAGGAGACCGGACGAGGAGUUCUUUACCAGUUACCCCUGGAGAAUGUCCGCCACUCUACUCCUGAUGUGCUGAAGAAGCUGACACACUCGGGAUUUGUGACGGAGGUGUACCCCGCAGCAGCCAACUCUAGCAAAUUACUCAUAGCUAGUAGCAGUCUUGUGGACAACAGCAAGUGGUCGAUUAUUGAUCCAGAAUCGCCGAAGGACGUCCGUGUGAUAUCCUCGAUCGGACGCGACGGUGCUUCUUUCGGGCUGUCGCCCACGCAGGUGGAUGAAAUCUGGUACCGUGGCGCCAACGACACCCCCGUCCAUGCGUGGGUGGUGAAGCCGUCCGACUUCAAGCCGGGGGAGAAGUAUCCGCUGGCAUAUCUGAUCCAUGGAGGUCCUCAGAGCGCAUGGUGCGAGCAAUGGAGCACUCGAUGGAACCCGGCGAUCUUUGCCGAGCAGGGCUAUGUUGUCGUCACACCUAAUCCUCGCGGCAGCACCAGCUACGGGCAGAGGUUCACGGACGAGAUUCGUAAUGCCUGGGGCUCGCUACCCUACGUCGACCUUGAGAAGGGGUUUGACUACAUUGCCGAGAAUCUGGACUAUGUCGAUACCUCGCGAGCGGUGGCUCUCGGCGCCUCUUAUGGUGGGUACAUGGUCAACUGGAUCCAGGGUCACCCGUUGGGUCGGCGGUUCAAGGCGCUUGUGACACACGAUGGAGUGUUCAGCAUGAACUCGAUGCUCGCCAGUGAAGAGCUCUACUUCCCGCUGCGGGACCUGAAGGGACCGUUGUGGAAGGUGCCCGAGAACUGGGAGCGCUGGGAUCCCUCUCGUCAUACAGCCAACUGGCAGACACCGCACUUGAUCAUCCACAACGAGCUGGACUACCGAUUGACCAUCGCCGAGGGGCUGGCUGCGUUCAAUGUCUUGCAAUUGCAGGGGGUAGAUAGCGCCUUCUUGACCUUCCCGGAUGAGAAUCACUGGGUGCUCAACCCGGAGAACUCACUCAUGUGGCAUUACACAGUCCUGAACUGGGUCAACAAGUACACGGGCCUCCCCGCGGCCUCCAGCAAGUAUGCCGAGUUCAGCGCGACGAAGGCCCCGUCGAUGGAGAAGCGGCUGGAGACUGUGUCAUUGUGA